AAAAACAAAAAUCCCAUCUUUUUUUUCUCCCGGAAAAGUGGCUCCGCCGCGCUCGGCGAGCUCGAUGGUCAUACAUCAUCCCGGCGCCGGCGCGGCCCCCGCGUCGUCCGUCGGCGACGACGACUUCCACUGGGAUGACGCGGCUGAGGCGGAGCUCCAGGCCAUCGAGGCCGCCUACGCCUCCGCCAAGCGCCGCCGCCUCCCCGACUGGACCUCCCCGUCCCCUUCAUCCCGCCCCCGCUACAGCCAAAGUCCUGUUUCCGGCGGAUACAGCCAAAGCCCGGUUUCCGGCGGAUCUACGCCGUCGUGGGUGCUCACGCCCCCCUCCUUCCAAGGGAAUGUGAGGGCAAGGCACCAGCCAAUUUCAUUCGGCGGUAAGAUUGUUUACUGCAGGACAUCUUCUGAGGUGGAGAAGGCUGCAAUGGACAUCUUAAGCAAAAUCGAGAGCAUCAAGGCCCCUGGUCCAGUUUCUCUUGGGUUUGAUCUUGAAUGGAGGCCCUUUCCGAGAAGAGGAGAGCCCCCAUGUAAAGUUGCUGUAAUGCAGCUCUGCAUGGAAAAGACUCUGUGCUACGUUCUGCAUAUCGCUCACUCUGGAGUACCACCUAAACUAAAAUCUCUCUUGGAGGAUAAUUCAUCCAUUAAAGUUGGAAUAUGCAUAGACAACGAUGCAAGAAAAAUGUUGAACAAUUAUGAUACCUGCGUACAACCAUUGAUGGAUUUGUCAAUCUUGGCAAAUGCCAAGUUAGCUGGGCCUCCUAAAAGAUGGAGUCUUGCUUCUUUAACUGAAAUGAUCACGUGUAAAGAGUUGCCGAAGCCAAGCAACAUAAGAAUGGGAAAUUGGGAGGCUGAUGUUCUCACCAAGAAGCAACUUCAGUAUGCUGCCACUGAUGCUUACAUCUCUUGGUACUUGUAUGAGCUAUUCCUGCUCUUCAUUAGGCACUACAGAGUCUUCCAGAUUGUAAUGCUGAAGCUGAAAUUGAGUCUGUAAAGGUAUCAUAGAUUCAAAUGCACAUUCUACUGGGAAAUGUGUUGCCAAUCUAUUUGAAUAUUCCCAGUGAUCUUUUGUCUUCACAUCUCAAUCAGGGUUGAAUUCAUUGUGUUGUCAAAAGUGAAAACCGAAGGUCAAAGGAUGUUGAAUUCAUUGUGCUGUAACACCUGCGGUUUCUGCUUGUCAUUUCUGCCUAUGAUGGCUUGUUUACUGGAAAGCAGAACUAGAAUGUAAUUUGCGUUGUGUUGUCAAAAUUCAAUUUUCUGUAUGAUGAGAUCCUUUCUAUCCUCUACUUAAUGCAAGUAUGCGCAAUUCUCUUGCGUAUUAUCAAAAAGAAAGACAGAUUUGUAACUGAAUGUACAUUUCUUUAGAAAGACUGGUUUGUAGAUUGAAUGUACAUCGUUUUUUGCA